UUUGUUUUGAUAAUUCCUUUUGUGCCUAGUUAGACUUUUAAUGUUAUUGUGUUGUAUUUCAGAAAGUCAUAAAAUUAUGCUAGGGAACCAUGAGGUACAGGGAGACAUGCAAGAUAAAGUGAGUUGUCACCUUGAACCUGAUCAAGAGGUGGCAGCCGUGUUAGGAACAGACCCUAAUGUUUCCCAAUCAGGCGCAACCAGCUCAGCCAGGCGAGGCUCAAGGUCUUCCUCAACAAAGGAGUUGACAACUGGGAUAAAGAUGUUGGAGCAUGACAUUCAAGAAUCUCUUGGCACUGGUGAUGCAGCAGCACAGUACCCCUCUCUACAUUUCUUGGCAGCUCAGGGUGAAAUUGCAAAAAUAAAAGAGGAGAUUGACAAAGGAACAGAUGUAAAUGCUGUGGAUAAAACAGGUUUGACACCUCUGGCUUGGGCAGCAGCUCAUAGGCAGAAAGCGACCAUAUCUGUGCUGCUCAAGAGUGGUGCAGAUGCCACAGCAUGCAGUCCAACUGGAGAGACGGCACUCUCAUUUGCUGCCUGUCAGGGCCAACUGGAUGUUGUUGAGCAGCUUUUGGAGUAUGGAGCUGAUCCAGAUAUUGCAAAUGUGGAAGGAGGCACACCUCUCAUGUAUGCAGCGUAUAAUGGAUACCCCCAGGUUGUUAAACUUCUACUUGAACAUGGAGCAGACUUAACAGCUACAAACAACGAAGGUCACACCGCUUUGAGCCUAGCUCUAGGAGUGGGAAACAAAAAUGUCCAGCGUGUCAUAGAAGACUAUCUUCGCGCCAUCCUGGAAAACCGAGCUUCCUCGUCUUGCUAUGGAGAAAUUCAAAAGUAACUCUUUUCGUCACGUCGCAACACCGCAAUAUUAAACACGGGAAAAGGGACUUACUUAAUUAAUGCGCCCCUAACAUAAUUCACCCAAGGAAUCAUGGAAGUCUUGCGAAGAAUUAUGUUUACGAACUUGUCAGUGGGCGAAGCAUACCUGCAUCCAAAGGAAAACUAACAUCUUUCGAGUGUACUUUGUUUUAAUAACAAGUUAUUUUUCUAUAGUUCUAUCUGACGCUCAAUUCUCAAAUGGGAACAAUUGGGUAUUACUUGCACUAAAAACUGCGUGGAUGUAAAAGAAAUGCUAUGACUAAUUAUUAAAUACGAAUCUUAUUUACUAUCUAAGAUAAA